AAGUGGAUACGGCGUGACGGAGACAAAUUUCUUUCCUGUUCUCGCUGAGUUUAUAAAAAUCCUACUAUGGGCAGUUCAUUUAUAAACUGUAGCAGCUACUCCUUUGUAUGAAUCAGUCUGUCGUGUACGGUGACAAGUGUCUGGCGGUUAGUAACACAGUAGAGAUGACUUGUGAUCAUUCCUUCUGGCAGUCGCCACAAAACAACCGGAAAAAACCAUCAAAGAUUUAUGAUCAAAGAGGCAAACAUUUUUCAAGAAACUCCUGGAAGAGCUUCGCAGAAAAACUAAGAGGAGGAUCGAUUUUUGUCGGGAGUUAAAUGGUGUGGGACCAGUAACGAUGGUGAAUGUGAGUGAGCUAGACAAGGGCGUAAACUCGCCCCUGGGAAGUCCAACAACACCGCCCAGUGAACAGAGAGAAGUAGAGACUCACUUGCCAGACGACAUUGAUUCAGUCAUGCCUUCUUCACCCGAAAUGGAAAAUGAAAUCUUGGACAGUGUUGCCAAUAGCAACGGGAAGAUACAAAUUCAAAAUGUAGGAGGAGGAGACAAUGCUAAGAAUGGGAGCCUGCUGCAAGAUGUUGGGGAUUCCUGUCGUCUAGUCAGGAUAACUUCGCCUGAUGUAAGCUUGACGCACAUCAGUGCAAAAGUUCCCAAAGAUGGAUCAGGUGAAAAUACUGAGACUGCGGUGAUCUUUAGUAAGAAUAACAUGAAGAAGAAAGGCACGGAUAAAAAAGAGAAAGAAAAGAAGAAAUCAGCAGAUGUCAGAAGAGUGGGCUUCUUCCAGCUGUUCCGCUUCUCCAGCAAGAUGGACAAGCUUCUGAUGGUUGUGGGGACACUUGGUGCUAUAGGAGCAGGAUGUGUCAUACCAGUGAACUUCAUCAUCUACGGCAAUGUGGCAAUGACCUUCAUACAAGGGGCUAAUCCGAAUGUGACAAGUGGGGCUCCUAACGAGACCUCAAUGGAUGACCUGUUCUCUGAUGUAUCCAGCUACUCGCUCCAGUUCUGCCUGGUUGGCAUGGCCGUCUGGCUCUGUAUGUACCUCGGCGUCUCGCUCUGGACCAUGGCUGCUGAAAGCCAGAUGGUCAAAAUACGCCACACUUUUUUCCGCUCGGUGCUGAGACAGGAGAUCGGCUGGUUUGACACACAUGACAGCGGGGAGCUGGGAUCGAGGAUGGCAGAUGAUUUGCUUAAGAUCGGGGAUGCCAUGGGGGACAAAAUGGGCAUGUUCAUUCAGUGGAUUACAAUCUUCAUUGCUGGAUACGUCAUGGCACUGGUCCAGGGGUGGAAGCUGGCCCUCGCCGUUAUGAGCAUCUGCCCCAUAUUAAUUUUUGCAUCUGGUUUUGUGGGAAAGGUGAUGAGGUUCUACUCUCAGAAGGAGAUGAAGGCCUACGCUGCAGCAGGCUCUGUGGCGGAGGAGGUGUUAUACUCUAUACGUACUGUCGCUGCCUUCCACGGCCAGGAGAAGGAGAGUGAACGAUAUUAUGGUAAUCUUCACAACGCACGAAAGCUGGCAAUUCGCAAAAGUUUUAUUUUCGGCUUUGGCACAGGGUGUUUCUGGAUCAUCAUAUUUGGGGGCUUUGCCAUCGCAUUUAUAUUUGGUGUCCAUCUGUACCAACAGGGUGAAAUUCAUCCAGGUAUUAUUCUACAGGUGUUUUUUGGUGUGUUGAUGGGUUCCAUGUCGUUGGGUCAUGCCUUCCCCAAUCUGGAGAGCUUUGCCUUAGCUAGGGCAGCAGCAGCAACCAUUUUUGACAUCAUAGACAGAAAAUCCUUGAUAGACAGUUCCUCAGCAGAAGGAAAAAGACCGGAGAAGACAGAGGGCAAUAUAGAGUUUAAGGGCAUCGAAUUUACUUAUCCCUCCAGACCAGAUGUCAAGGUUUUGAGUGGCCUUGACCUGACCAUCAAUGUGGGGCAGACAGUGGCCCUAGUGGGUGCAAGUGGGUGUGGGAAAAGUACCACAGUACAGCUACUGCAGCGGUUUUACGACCCAGACCAGGGCCAGGUGUUACUGGAUGGCCAUGACCUGCGUGAGCUGAACGUGAGCUGGUUAAGACAGCAGAUUGGAGUGGUCAGUCAGGAGCCCGUCCUGUUCGCCACGACCAUCGCAGAAAACAUCCGCUUUGGGAAGGACGGUGUCACACAGCAGGAGGUCGAGGCUGCGGCGAAGGAAGCCAACGCUCACCAGUUCAUCAUGGAUCUCCCUCUGAAAUAUGAGACUCAGGUUGGUGAAAGGGGAGCACAACUCAGUGGAGGCCAAAAACAGAGAAUAGCCAUUGCACGUGCUCUUGUCCGCAAUCCCAAGAUCCUCUUGUUAGAUGAGGCUACGUCGGCCUUGGAUACGGAGAGUGAAGCCAUUGUGCAGGAUGCACUGGAAAAGGCUCAACAUGGACGAACCACGUUGGUGAUUGCUCACCGCUUGUCUACAAUCAUCAACGCUGACAACAUUGUUGUGGUACAGCAUGGUUGUGUUGUGGAACAGGGCACGCACACAGAGCUGAUGGCGAAACAGGCCGUCUAUCACAGCCUAUACCAGGCAAGUGGAAAACCCCAUCCAGCAAAAGGAUCCUAUUACUCACCUAUCUGGAGAAGAUGUAUCCGAAUGAUCGAUGAUGACAGCAGCAUGACAGAUGAAGAGACAGAUGAGGAACAGUUGCUGUUGCUGACACCCAAGCUGCGACGCGCUGGCAGCCUGCGGAGUGGUGGGUCACGUACAAGCCUCAGACGAAACCUGUCGGGGCUCUCAGAGGGGCUGCCACCGCAAGAAGAAGAGGAGGAGACGGCUCAGAAGGGUGAAGUGGCCCGCAUCAUGAGACUCAACUCCCCCGAGUGGCUCUACAUCGUUGUGGGCUGCAUCGCCGCUACGGUCGUGGGAGGAAUCCAUCCCAUGUUUGCCCUCAUAUUCAGUGAGCUUUUAAAAGUGCUAGCUAAUCCUGACCCAGAGGAGCAGAGGUCCCAGGUGUACUUCAUGAGUGGAAUGAUCAUCGGUGUAGGCGCAGGGGUCUGGCUCUUCAAAACUAUACAGUUUUCCUGUUUCGGAAAAUCAGGUGCCAAUCUAACGAUGAGGGUGCGGAAUAUGGCGUUCAGGGCAAUGCUGAGACAGGAUAUAUCAUUUUUUGAUGAACCUAGGAACCAGGUGGGGAGUUUGGCAGCUGUCUUAGCCAAUGAUUCCGCACAGGUGGAAGGGGCAACUGGCGUGAAGAUGGGAACGCUGAUGGAAUCCCUGGCCAGUAUCAUCGUCGCCUUGACGAUAGCCUUCUACUUUGGGUGGAAGUUGGCAUUCGUUGUGGUUGCCUUCUUUCCUGUAAUGAUUUUUUCAGGGAUUGUACAGGGCAAAAUGUUGCUGGGAUUUGCCAAAGGAGAUCGUAAUUCUCAGCUGGAGGCGUCUAAAAUUUCACUGGAAGCCAUAGACAAUAUCAGAACAGUUGCUUCUCUGACUAAGGAGAAAGCUUUUGUGGACAAGUAUUCAGCUAUCUUCAAUAAAGUGUAUAAGAAAGCGCAGAAGCGAGCUCAGCUGUAUGGGCUUACAUAUGGGUUCACCCAGAGCGUCAUGUACUUUGCCUAUGCAGCAGCAUUCAGCUAUGGAGCCUAUCUGGUACAGCAUGGAGAGAUGCAAUUCUUUAAUGUUUUCAGGGUGUUUGCCGCCAUCAUCUUCACGGGCAUGGCCGUGGGAAGAACCAACUCUUUGGCACCAGACUUCACCAAGGCAAAGCUGGCAGCGGGGAAACUCUUCAGUCUGUUUGACAGACAACCUCUGAUUGAUAUCAACAGUGAUGAAGGAAACUCACUGGAGAAUUUUUCUGGCCGCCUGUCCUUCUCAGAUGUUCGUUUUCGCUACCCUACUCGCCCGGAUGUCCGUGUGCUGCGAGGCUUUGACCUUGAGGUGACCCCUGGACAGACGGUUGCCCUUGUGGGAUCAAGUGGUUGUGGCAAGAGCACCAGCGUUCAGCUGGUGGAGAGGUUUUAUGAUCCAAUCAAAGGCAGUGUGUUGUUUGACGGACAUGAUGCCGCGGAUCUAAACUUGAACUGGCUGCGCUCACAGAUUGGAAUCGUCUCGCAGGAGCCGGUGCUGUUUGACCGAAGCAUUGCAGACAACAUCGCAUACGGGGACAACUCUCGGCAGGUGGACAUGAGCGAGAUCAUCGCAGCGGCCAGAGCGGCCAACAUCCACUCCUUCAUCCAGAGUCUGCCUAUGGGUUAUGAUACACCGGCAGGUGAUAAAGGGGGACAACUCAGUGGAGGACAGAAGCAGCGAGUGGCAAUUGCUCGAGCUCUUGUCCGAAACCCCAAAAUUUUACUGCUAGAUGAAGCAACUUCAGCAUUAGAUUCGGAAAGUGAGAGAGUUGUCCAGGAGGCUUUGGACAAAGCCCGAGAAGGUCGCACUUGUAUUGUGAUAGCUCAUCGACUUUCGACGAUCCAAAACGCGGAUCGUAUAGCUGUGAUAAAUCAAGGUCGAAUUGUAGAGCAAGGAUCUCACCAGCAGCUGAUGGUGCGAAAGGGCGUCUACUAUGCGUUGAAUAACACACACGUAGUGUCCCAGAAACGCAAGUCCAGGGCGAGUCUGGGUAACUGAUACAGGUAUGGGACAACGUGAACACCCAUGGACACUUUCAGUGCUGAUAUCAGUUUGAAAGAAUCUGAAUAUAACUUACUAUUGCCGUUCUCACAUCAGAUUGACCUCCGUGAAAAUGUAGACCCCAUUAUCCUGUAACCCCUAUAUGAAGAUGGAAAACGGACCCCCCAGUGAAAAUAUCAUUGUGGAUCAAUCCCUAUCGGUGAUGUCAGAUGUUCAUCAGUGUGAACAUUGCCUAUCGGUACUGAUGGGAGAUUGCAAAGGGCCCCUGUGUGAGUCUGAUCACCUCAUGCCUGUGUAAAAUGGAUUCUCAGAGGCCAGACAUAACCAGAGUUACCCCCAGUAGUGCUGUUAUCAGGGUGGACACCUCGUGCUGUCCAUGCGGUGACAAGUGGACCUCAGUGUAAAUCCCCUGGUGCAUGUACCCUAGUGAAGCAGUUAUCAGAGUGGACACCUCAUGCUGUGUGUAGGGGGACAAGUGGACCUCAUUGUAAAUCCCCUGGUGCAUGUACCCUAGUGAAGCAGUUAUCAGAGUGGACACCUCAUGCUGUGUGUAGGGGGACAAGUGGACCUCACUGUAAAUCCCCUGGUUCAUGUACCCUAGUGAAGCAGUUGUCAGAGUGGACACCUCAUGCUGUGUGUAGGGGGACAAGUGGACCUCAUUGUAAAUCCCCUGGUUCAUGAACCCCAAUGAGGCAGUUAACAGUGUGGACCCCUCAUGCUUAGUGUUUGUGAAGCUAGCACAUAUGUCUCAUCAAAGAAUAUCAGUAUGUGUACUUGAUGAUAGUAAUUGGAGCAAGUGCACUCUAUAUUAUAUAAUAAUAUUUGUAAAUAUCGACCCAGAAUGUUUGAUAGACUAUCUGAUACUAUAACUGGGGAUAUUUAUGUCAAAGUUAAAUAUUUUUGGGGCCUAUGAGAGUAGCCCUGGCGUGAUAAUAGGUUAUAUGAUUGUCCCCUCUGCUCUCAAGGAACAGCUUGAUCCUACAUGUGCUGCCAUCUGUGUACAGUUAUACUUUAAUAAUGUAAUUAAUAUAAUUAAAGUCAUAAUAUACUGGGGCCGGUUUCAUGAAACUGACUUAGCAUAAAGUUGCCCUUGUCUAAGUACACUUUAUAUCUCUACAACAUAUGUCGUCGUGGUAGUUAAGGUCACACUUAGCUAAGUGAGCUUCGUUAAACUGGCGCCUGUUCUUUAAUCAGGGAAUAUAUUCAUUCAAACAAAUGCAUUUAUCAUCCAUCUUAUACAUCUGGGCUGUGGCCGAGUCAUUAAUGUGCUAACCUCUCAUGAGAUGUGGGUUCAAACCACCUUCAAAUAACUUAUGAUAGCCAUCAUAGGGGAAGGAAUCAUACGGAACCAUGCCAUAAAUUAAAUCAAAAUGAGGAAAAAAAAAGUGUUAAAAUAAUUAACGAAACCCCUGAAUAGAAAGAAAAGGGUUAAUUAUAGUGACCAUAGGAUAAGGAUCAAAUGGAGAUGAGUGCAAACUUAUGAUUAACUAUUGUUAAGAUGCGUGUCAGUAUGUACCAUUUAAAAGUUAAUGUAUAUCUUUCAAUGACUCAUUUGAAAUAAUUUUGCAGUCACCCUUUUUGGAGCAUUUAUGAGGAGAAAGGCCAUGUUUAAAUGGUCAGUAGUAAAGAAAGGAUAAAUAAAUAAUAUUUUUUGCACAAUGUUGCAGGAAGUAACAGGUUUUACCUACAGCGGAACUUUCAGUCUUUAAAAACAAAUGUACCCACACACCAUGCCAUAAAUUAUUAACUGUGUUAACCAUAUUUUUGAUUUCAUUUUCCAAGUGAAGCCAGCUGAUCAUUGUGUGUACAUGUUCAUCAGGGGUUACAGUAAACAUAUUUUGUGCGCAGCAUUGUUGUUGUUCAAUUCUUGGACAAAGAUUUUGCUGUGCCACGUACAAAGAUUUCUGCAUUAUAAUCUGACUUUCGGUCAUGUUUAGGUGUUUUAGGUAUGCCCGAUCAUUGACUGCUCA